CUCCCAGGCCCGAGCCCUCUCCCAGGCCCGAGCCCUCUCCCAGGCCCGAGCCCUCUCCCAGGCCCGAGCCCUCUCCCAGGCCCGAGCCCUCUCCCAGGCCCGAGCCCUCUCCCAGGCCCGAGCCCUCUCCCAGGCCCGAGCCCUCUCCCAGGCCCGAGCCCUCUCCCAGGCCCGAGCCCUCUCCCAGGCCCGAGCCCUCUCCCAGGCCCGAGCCCUCUCCCAGGCCCGAGCCCUCUCCCAGGCCCGAGCCCUCUCCCAGGACCGAGCCCGUCUCCACACCUUCGUCUAAGACGGUGUCCAUUCCCACAGCUUCGCCCGAGCCCACGCCUAGCCUCGAUCCCUUGACCGCGAUAUCGCCUAGGGUCGCGAUGUCUCCUAGGACCGAGCCCUGUCCUAGAACUGAUCCCUCCCCUGAGCCAUGUCCUAGCGCCGAUCCGUGUCCUUCGACCGAGCCCUCAGCAGCGUCAUGUCCUAGCACCGAGCCCUCAACCACGCCGCCUGUGAUCUUGCUGUCGACCGAGCCCUCGCUCCCCCCCUCACCUGCUCCACCGUCGUCUGGGACGACACUGAGACACGGUUCCUGCGACACCAUCCCGCCUCGGUACUACGAGGACCCCAAGCGGCUGCUCAUGGCGAUCCGCAAGUUAAAGUUUUCUAAAAAGUACCUCCAGUCAAUUCAGUCCACCUGGCCAUGGCUGGUGUCAACUGGUCCAGUAGUGGAGGACACGGAGGUUGCAAGCAACCUCUUGCAGGUGAGUGCAAGUGUGCACAAUACGGUGCAGGAGCUGGUUCGAAACCCUUUGGCAACCGUGGAAGGAAUGGAUGUCAAGGUGCUGGAGGUUGAGGUCCGUGAUUUUGCUAUUGGAAUUGCCUUUGGUUCGGCGGCUGGAUUCGUCUUCCCCGAAGAAUUGAUUAGAAUCCUUAGCAAGCUGAAGCAUCUCGUUCCUGUGGGGUUGAAGAUGGUGGAAGUGUCCUUGGCGUGCCUUGAGGCGAAGUGGCAACAAUUCUUAUAUUCCUAUAGUUUAGACGGGACAUUUUAUGUUGGCACUAGUCCCUCGGCCUCGUCGAAGCCUCCGUAUGGCACUGACACUCCCACCACGUCAACAGAACGACGGAGUUACAUCCUUCCCAACAUCACAAGGCCAGGACCUGCACAUGUUCAAAACAUCACUACAUCAGCAGAACCUACGUACAUCCCUGCUACAUCACAGCAACCUGGACCGAUCCUGGGCGACAAUACCACAGCCACAGGAACCGGUUAUGCCCUCACAGAAGGCACAGCCACGGAGCCUGACUCCACGGAGGUGUUAGUGGACACCCGCGACCUUUCCCCCAGCACGGUGGAGCCUCGCCUGAGGGGAAACGUGACCACAGGGUCCUGGGUGGAGGGGCGUGUCUGUGGUUACAACCUGGAAGAUCUUCUUCAAUCUUCAUUUGUUAUUGGAUCAUCCAGACGCCAGCUUCACUAUAUCGUGACAAAUAUGGCCAAUAUUAGAAACAUCAUUUUCAAGUCUGUGGUGAGAGUUUGGGAGGUGCAGGGACUGUCUGUCUGGCGUGUGGAGAAGCAAGGGGUCGCCCUCAACGCCUCCAUCGUCCCCUCGCUGACCUUCGCCCGCUCGGUCAAAGUGAGUGGGGACGUGAAGGCUAAGGUCAUCAAUGGUGUUCCCAGCACCUCCUACCUCACUCUCCACGGCACUCAUCGCCUCCCUCGCCCUCUGACCUUCACGAGUGUGGCGGUGGUAGGGCGCGUGAGGGUGUUGGAGGAGGUGAAUGACCUGGACCUGGUGGUUUGGAGCGGCAGUGUAGUGGUGACCACCUCGGCUGCGUCCCUACUGUGUGUGUCGGACGUCUCCUUCAGCCACGUGGUCGCCCUCAGUGUGGUGAGCGAGACGGUACGGGUGGCUGGGACGUCGCUACAGGACCUCGUACUUCUUAAUGAAACUGCUGUAAUUACAGGGAAGAAGAGGUUCCUGGAAGAAGUGGUGGUGAGGGAGGGCGAGGUGAGGACAGGCGCCCUCACAGUACACAGAGUUAGCAACAUCAGUCUCGCCACUCUCUUCCUCCACUCCCUCAGGAAGAACUCAGGUGGUGUCCAGGUGGUGUCUGGGAGCCACGUGUUGGACCAGCUGGUGGUGAAGCAUGACCUAGUUACACGGGGACUCUCCUCCCUCAGUGACAGAGGUCACCUGCCCUUCUUGAACUUAACCAAGACGGCAGGACGCGUGGUACUCCUGGACCAGACUGCUACCAUCACCGGAGGACUACUCCUGAGGGGCUCAGUCUCUCUCUCCUUCCUCACCUUCCUUGAUACUUUUGAUAAGGUGCCGGCUGCUCGAUAUAGAGAUGGGUGGCUACUGAAGUCUUCCAACCAGACCAUAUCAGGUCAGAUGACUUUAGCCAGCAUGACCUCGGGUCACGUUAUGACCUCGGACGGAGUCGAGGUGCAAGGAGUCAACCUCGCUCACUUUAAGAAUAUUACUGCAAUGGUUGAUGUGUCGACGCUUCUCACAUCUCCACUCACGUUCACUGAGUUGGUGUCAAUGAGGUGGGUGAGUGUAUCAGGGCGGGUUCAGGGCUGGGACUUGUCCGAAGAAACCAUCGUCAGUGGGUCCUCAGUCAAGACCUUAGUCUCCUCCAAGAAGACCUUCCUCGCCUCCGUCACCGUCGCUGGCAGCUUCUGGGCAGUCAAGGGCAUAAGUGGUGUUGACGUUCAAAGACUCUGCCAAGGAGAGGAAUUUGAGUCUCUCGACAUCAUUGGUGAAGUGAGGUUGAUGGGAGGUGUCAGUGCCGGUGAGGCGCACCUUGGCCACCACCUCAUGACAGGUGAGGCGGAACAGACCUACUGGCUUAAGGACUCAAAGGUCGUCCUCAGACACUCCUUCACCUUCCUGAGGUUGCAGGUGCAACAUGCCACAGUCAACACCUCGGUGAAUAGAGUUGACCUCGGGAAGCUGAGUGCAUUUGUGUUAAGGAAGACUUGCCGUGGGUGGCAGGCACUCAGCCAGGGUGCCACCCUGAGGGCACUCACCUCACACACACUCGUCGUCUCCAGAGUUAAGACGAAGAUUGUAAAUGAGCAGCCAGCAGACGUCUUGAGGGGCAUCCUUACCCUGCGUGGCGGUCAGGUCAUCUCUGGUCACUUCAGCCUUGGCAGUGUUCAUGUCAUGGGAAAUGUAGCGACUUCAGGACUGGUGAACAGGUUGUACAUGGCCCAGUUCUGCCAAGUGAGAAGACCAUGCAUGGUCCGUGCUUCAAAGACCUUCAGUCAGGACCUCACCAUCAGUGGUAACCUGAUUGUCUCUGCUGGCAAGACGGUGCAGGGCGUAGACCUGUCAGAGGAGCUGAAGGCGGUGCUGAAGAAGGGAACUUGUGGCCACGUCCCAGGCCUUACCACCUUUACCGGGGAUCUAGCUAUUGCAGGUCUUGCAAGGGUACAUGGACUAGUAGAUGAUGUGAAGAUGACCCUGAAGCACCUGGUGACCCGGAGUGACCCUCAGACUAUGACUGCCCAGUUUAUAAUACACGCUCAAGGGAUAGCUGUUAUAGCUGGGAGCAUAGACGCUUCAGAUGGGCUGUUCAACAAGAUGAACUUGACACUCCUGUGGACCAACGCGUUUCGUGAGGGGCUCGUGACUAUAGUGAGGUCACCGGUGACGUUCCUUAGCGCUGUGGUGAUGUUGAACGCUUCCUACGGCACAGGUCACCAGUCUCUGAACACGUCCCUUCUCACCAGCCAUGACUGGAGAAGAAUUCACCAAGACUUCACCUCUCUUUAUCACCUCGGCGUUGCCAGUCAAUGCACAAUCAACAACACAGUUCACGAGUUGUGGGGCUGGAGAAGUGUGCAGAGAUUUGCUGGAACGACAAAACGUAUCGUCCCUUUGAGGCUGGACUGGGAGAAGGGUAUGGCCUCGUGCCCCCGGUACCUGGUCGUCAUACCCAGAUCAGGUGACGCCAGGAUUCUGACGUAUAGUCCCGCCGACGACCACUACCACGACAGAGGUAUAGUGCUGGCCGGAGUGUGCUUCAGGAAAGUGGUGGGGUACAGUGCCCGAGGGCAGGACUAUGUUGUCUCCGCCCACGCUUGCUACCACCACGACGCCCACACCAACCACGACGCCGCCCACGACCCCGCCCACGGCAACCAGUCCACAUCUUACAUGCCUCAGGUGUCGGAGAGGAGCCAGUGGGUGACGGUGUGGAGGCUGGGUCCCAGGGGCGCUCGUCUGCUUCAUCAAAUCCCUUCUCCUGGAGCUGUUGAUAUACAGGUGGUUCGUCUACGGAACGAGAUCUGCCUGGUGGUGGUUGAGGCCAAGGGUGUGGACACUGUAGUGGUGUGUGAACACCGCCCUAACACCUUCCACCUACUCCAGCGCCUGCCCUCGGCUGACCCACAGAAGGUAUCAGUGGUGCAGCAGUACGACCCCAGUGGGAGACGCGGGACCUUCCUGGUGGUGGCUGCCAGAGGAAUCUCUCCUCAACACACAAGUUCCUUCUUCGUCUGGCGUUACGACGCCGAGGAAGCCGCCUUCUCUCUCCUACAGAGGGUGUCCUUCGACAACGUGGAGUGGGUAGACUUAACUACCCACGAAGGCGAUCUCUAUUUGGCGGUGGUGUCAAAGGGCUUCAGGGGUGAGAAAUACGGAGAAGUGGAUAUCUACAGGAUGGAUUGGCACAGUGAAGAUGGUGCCAGGUCCCAGAGCCAUCAUGGCGCCACCUCUGACAAGAUGGAAGCUAACGCAGGCGACUCCAGCUUCCUCCUGCAGCAACGGUUUGUGGUGAAGGGGCCUCUCGAGGCUCACUUCGUCAGUAUUCCUGCAGGCAACCUGUACCUGCACGUCAUCAGUCGGGAUGGACGAGUCUCCCGGUUCAUCAAGAAAGGCAUACACAGAUUCCAGAUGGAAGGGGAGUUACACUUCCCUGGGAAGCAGACUAUGGAGGCGUGGGUGUGUGGAGCCCGCGGGAGGUUCACCUACAGGAUCUCCCUCGCUGGGAACCUGUGUAGUGAACAGGACGAGACCAACGAGGAACAUGCAGAGGUCCUCGAAGUGAACUUCAGACCGUGAUUCUCGACUGGAUGUUCUGAAGGCCGUGUUUGGUAGGCAACUCUUCAAGCCAGACCUUCAUAGCUCAUUGAAAAUUUAGAGAAGUUGACAAUUAGCGCCUCUGAGAGAGAUUUUGAUAAAUUGGAUAUAUUUAAAGUCUUGAAUAUUGUAAAAUAAUUGAACAGUAGUUGUUUUACAGACAAAAUGAAGAGAAUGAUGUUAGUAUUUUGCAAAUACAGCGUUUUUGACGUGUUGGCUGCCAUCCAGUAUAAAUAGGCGCCGUGUUCCACUGGCUGCUUUCACCAGUGUUUAACACGUGUUAAUAAGUACACCAUUGGUGUUAUUGUAAGUCGUGUAUUGUACUGUUGCCAAUCGUGAUAAUUCUUCUAUAGCAUUGAUCGACCAUUUUAUUACUAAAUUAUAUUUACUCCUAUAUAAUGAUUUACACGAGAUUAAUAUAUUUAUAUAAGCAUU